CAAAGCAUCCUUUAUGCCUCCCAAGCCAGGACUGUAUUAUCUCUUUGUUUCCUGAUUUUAAGCAACAUUGGGAGGAACAUGAGCAUGCAAUAUAAACGAACCAAGAGAAAGAAAGCUCUGCCAAAUUCUUAUGGGGAGAAUUGGCUGAAUCUAAGCUGCAUAGGGAUUCAUAUGUCACAACUAGCCCUUUGAAUUGUGCCUGGAAAUACACCAGUAACCAAAGAAGCAUCUUUUAAGCAAGAGAGUUAUAUGCUUAGAGAAUAAGUUGAAUGGUGCCCAGGAAGGCAGAGAAAGGGGGAAGGGUCUUAUGUUUCGGGAUGAGGCAUUGGGGGAGACCAGAAGUUGCAGCGCCAGAGGUUGGGCAGAGGCGGAGUCAACAGCUGCUUUCCAGAAAGAGGAAGUCUGAGAAAGGAAAGUUAAGGCAUUAACUCUGUCUUGACUCCGAGGUGGAGCAGCUUCAGCAACCAUGGCCUCUGGAGACUCUGUGAAGAAGCUCUGUGAGGAACUGGCCUGUCCCAUCUGCCUGGAGUAUUUCAAGGAGCCUGUGACCAUCUCCUGUGGGCACAAUUUCUGCCAAUCCUGCCUGGAUCAAUGGUGGGGGGAGAAAGAGGCCUCCUGCCCACAAUGCAGGGAGAAAGUGCAGGAAGGGGACAUCAAGCGGAAUUGGCAGCUGGCGAACCUGGUGGAGAUUGCCAAGGAACUGGGGAGUCAGAAGGCAGGAGAGAAGGGGAGUGUCUGCCAGAAGCACCAGGAGCCCCUGAAGCUCUUCUGCAAGGACCACGAAGCCCCCAUCUGUGUGGUGUGCGACAGGUCAAAGGAGCAUGAAAAACACAAAGUGAUUCCUCUGGAUGAAGCAUCAAAGCAGUACAAGGAUCGGAUUGGGAAUUUUCUGGAGUCUCUGAAGAAGGAGAGAGAGAAAAUUCUGGCCUUCAAAGCAGACGCAGCGCGGGAAAGCCAAGAUAUGCUUGAGAAAACCCAGAGAGAGAAGGAUAAGGCUGUGGCUGCAUUCAAACUCAUGCACCAGUUUCUAGAAGAACAAGAGAGGAAUCUUCUGGCAAAAAUGGAAGAGGUUGAGAGGGAGAUUUCAGCCAAAGGGGAGGAACAUCUGGCCAGACUCUCUGAGGAACUCUCCUCUCUCUCGAAACUCAUCCAAGAGAUGGAGGAGAAGCAUCAGCAGCCGGCAAGUGAACUCCUCCAGGACAUCAGAAGCUUCUUACAGGGUUAUAAGGAAAAGGAGAAAUUUGAGAUCCCUGUGGCUUUUCCUCCUGCCCUGAAAUGGAAGAUCUGGGACAUCUGUGACAUAAAUCCCUUUCUGGAGGGUGUCAUGAAGCAAUUCAGAGACUCUCUGGAAUCUGGACUUCAGCAGCGAAAAGCACAUGUGACUCUGGAUCCAGACACAGCCCAUCCUCGGCUCAUCCUCUCUGAAGAUUGCAGACGGGUGACGUGGGGACACGAAUGGCAAAAUCUUCCUGACAAUCCUGAGCGCUUCAAUCAACGCCUUUUUGUGCUGGGCCAGGAGGGAUUCAGAGGAGGCAGGCAUUUCUGGGAAGUCCUUGUGAAGGAUGGGAAACGAUGGUCUGUGGGAGUUGCCAGGAAGUCUGUGCAGAGAAAGGGCUCCAUUCCCGAUGGCCCUGAGGUUGGGAUCUGGCGAGUGGGAAAGUGGGGGAGUGAAUACAAGUUCUACUCCAACAACGGUGUGUCCCCACUUCUGACUCUACGAGAGGAGCCCACGAGGGUCCGAGUGACACUGAACUGCGAAGGGGGUCGGGUGGCCUUUUACGAUGCAGACUCAGCAGCCCUGAUCUAUGAAUUCCCUACAGACUCUUUCUCAGGAGAGACCCUCCUCCCCCUUCUUUUUGUGUUUGAAUCCCAAUUGGAGCUCUCUCCCUAAAGAUGGAGAACAAUGUCCAAAGACUCACAAACCAACUGAGACACAAGAGCAGCUUUGUCUCAUUAUAUCAGGGGGCUGUUAACUCGCUUUCCUCUCAUUGUGGAAUCCCUCUGCUCUCUCUUACAUAUUUGCCAAAAACCGACUGGGAGGCUGUUGUGUGAGUGAUGAAGGCUUUCCUCACUGCCCAUGGAUCGGUCAGGAACUUAUUCCUUCUGGAAAGAUCAGCAACAAUGACAACAGCAAAGAGGGAAUAAAAGAUCUUGAUUCAUAUUUAGUCAAUAAUUCCAGGUACUGGAAUUCCAGUAGUAAGUGGGCAGUGCAUUUGGCCCUCUUUCUUGGCCUUUCCCAGGGAUUUGCCUGUCAAGGUUUUGGAUUUCAUACCAAAUGUUAUGGUUUUCACAUGUCACAGAGUCACUCAUUGUUUUUUGCUGAGGAACUCUUGGGUUGAGGGGCAGCGGUGUGUAAUUGGCUGUGUAAUUGAAGUACAACCAGAUGCACUCAGCAGAAACCUCAUAUAUAACUCAGAUAUAAAGAGGCCAGAUAUACUGAAUUAGAGAGGUUCCAUGUCGGAAGAAAGUGUCCGUCUGCUUCUCUGAGGGAACCAAGCAGGCUGAAGACACUAUCAACUUUUGUUGACCAUUUCUGCUACUUAGGCAGCCACUUUUCCACAAAAGUCAACGUUGAUGCUGAAAUACAAUGUCCGUGCACUGAGAGCAGCAUUUUUAAAUGAAACAGAAAGGGUUUGAAUAUCAGGACAUUCAUGGGGAUACCAAGAUGCUUGUGUAUAAAGCUAUUGUCCUUCCAACUCUAUUGUGCGUCUGUGAAAGACAUGGACCAUCUACAAAUGUCAUUCACAACUUCUGGAAAAAUAACAACAGCUUUGCCUUAAAAAUUGAUUCAAUGGACAGAGAUGGAUAAACUCUUGUACAGUAUAUUGAAAGACAUAUGUCCAGAACCUCUAGAACAAUUGAACACCAUGUUGUUGUUGACCAUUACCACUUGUGCCAGACAAUAAAAAAUAACUAUAAAGCUGAAACGUGCUGUCCUUUAUCCGGGCGAACUGCAAAUCCCUAUAAGCUGUCCUAAAAAUAUUGAACGACUGAGUCUGGAAAACUUCAAAAAAAAAAAAAAGGAUGUUUAUUCAUACAAAGUUGUAAACUUGGCACAGAUCUUAAAGUUACAGAAAAUGAAACAAAUUUCUAUAGGUUUUAGUUACAGAAUAAUCCCUGGUUCCAGAAGGCAAAGGUGAUUAUAAAACCACUACACCCUAAUCACGCUGUCUAUAAUAGGAGAAACUCUUUCCUUCCCUAUCUUUACAGCAAAGAUUAGUUCUAGAAGCGACGGAAUAACCUUGCUCCUCUAAUUAGAUUUUCUAUUCCAGAUCAGUAUAAUUCAAUACUUAUCUAAUUUGGAUAGGCUUAGAUUGGCCUGGUUUUGAGGAUGAUUUGUCCCAGUUAGCUUUGCACAGCUGCAGCACGUUGGAAGACUAUAGCCAAAAA